UGUACAACGUGAAUAACAAAAAACCAUAACAUAAUAUAAAUACAUUGUCACACAAUAAGAAUGCUCAAUUUUGACAUAAAUGUCAGAUAGAACCUUGUAAUUGUACAUAUACAUUAUUUUUGAAAUUUUCCCACAUGUUUCUACUAUUUUAAAUAACGAACUAUUGGUGUUCUACAAAAAUCUUUGCGUCUGUUUCAUCGUUGUUUGUAGCCUAACCUUACGACAAAACUGUAUUCACUAAAAUCUCUUAGUCUUAAUUCAAUUGAAUUCCAGCAGUCGUCGUUGAGCCGUUUAAAAACAGAGUUGCCACACACUUUGAGCUCACCGCCUCGUGGUCACGUGGUUCAUAGAGCGUGCAACAGUUAAACAAAAUCCGUGUUGUCAACCUAUUUGAAUGGAUUAAAGCGGGACAGACAACAGCAACUAUAUGUGCAUGAAUUUUGCUAAAUAUAUUAGCACAUUUUGUACACUGAAUACGAUACGAUUUAUUUUUUACGUUUUGUUACCUGUGCCUUGUCACUUUUUUAACCUGUAUGUGCACUGGAAGCUUCUGUCACUAAGACAAAUUCCUUGUGUGUCCAAGCACACUUGGCAAUUAAAGCUCUUUCUGAUUCUGAUAUUGGCUACAUUUAUAGCAGCAUUUUGUCUGGGGAGUAAUAUGAAUAUAAUAUCUUUAAAUAUAAGAACUAUGAAUACAAGAUAUGUCCGCCAACUUGUUCAAAUGUACGUUGAAAUGAAUGGGCUUGAGUGCAGUGUUUGGAACUAUUGGUCACUCCAUGACACGAGUUACUUCCGCAUUCCAUUCUUCCAACGGAUGUGUAUGCGUGUGUCGUAACUCUGUUUUUCAACGGCUCUGACAAAUACCCAUUCUAAACCGCCUGCGCAGUUAAAGCCCGCCCACGUAAGAACCCACGUGUGAUGGUGAUCGCCGGUCUAUGCACAGUCUAUUCCCACGAGGAAACUCGUGCUUUUCAAACAGGCGAGCGUGCGAUGAUCCGCUUCUGUUUGCGUUGAUUUACUGUAUUGAGCUCAUACAGACAUCGGCGUUCGGGUGCUUUAAACUGAGAAUUGUGGCAGAAAUGUCGCACUGUUCUUUCCAGACGCAGUUCGCGUCCAUCAUGGAUCUUCUGGCGGAAGCGGCACUAGCAGAAAUCCACCGGCGCGUGGACGACAGAUGCGCGCUCGCGCGGAAGGACAUUGACGCUUUGAAGAGGAAAUGCGUCAUGAUGGAGAUCGAGCUGAGGAGGGUCAAAGGUCGAUGCAGAAAGAGAGUUUGGAUCAGUGGAACAUCAGAUCGCUGUCCUACGUCACUCAAGAGCGGCCGGGUCAUCACGAGUCAACAACAUCCACCGAAUCCACAACACAUUCACAACAUCCGAGAGGUGGUUGGGGUUCUGGAUGAUGACAUCAGAAGUCCAGAGAUCAAAGAAGAACGAGACGACGAGAGAGAUGUUGUUGCAUUUGUUCAUGAGCAGCAGAAUGUUCAGGGCAUCCCACCUCAGGAGAACACGGCGAGUCCAGAAGCUCCGUCCGAAGAUCCAGAGGUCCAAAACUCACCGUUUCUACGCACGGGGACGUACACCCAACCGCCUGAGCAGCUGAAACACGAGGAAGAGUGUCUGAGACUCCAAGUGAAAGUGAAAGAAGAUUUUCAAGAGGAGGAGGAGACUUCCAGAGAUCCUCUGAGGUACGCCCCGCUGUGGCCAUCGGUGCCAGAAGCAACUCGUCGUUCACCAAACUCGCCUGUCCUGUCACAAACCCACAGAAAUCAUCAGCAUCCCACUGAGAGAGCACAGAAGUCUAUACAGGUCAGUGCUAAAGAGCCGAACGCGAGCGCCUGGCGUCGUGAGGUCACGCAGGAUCCGGGUCACCAACCAAACGUGUCCACAAACACGUUUCCAGCGGUUCGCGGGACGCCCGGUGACGUGCGCAGGAUUCGAACUCGCCGCCGCUCGACGGUGGACGCAGUACAACGGUUUAGCUGCUCGUUCUGCGCCAAGACUUUCAAGAGAUGCGAUCAGCUGAAGGAACAUCUGCGCAGUCACACGGGCGAGAAACCGUUCGUGUGCGUCCAGUGCGGCCACAGCUUCACCAAACACAGCAACUUAACUCGACAUGCGGUGGUGCACAGCGGCGAGAAGCCCUUCCAAUGCCUGCGGUGUGGAAAAUGCUUCACACGGCGCUGCAAUCUGACGUCACAUCAGAGGAUCCAUUCAGGGAACAUCACGUGAAGUUCUAAACGUACAUUCCUAGCCAUUAUGGUGGUUUUUCUUGACAUAUUAUUGACUUUUCUUAUAUUCUAAAUAUAUUACUGAGUUUUCUUAUAUAAAGAAUACAUUUAAAGGUAGUUAUAGAGUUCAUGUACUUCUCUGAUCUUAACGAGGGCUAUGGGUCUCAUGUAUGAGUUCGGACACUUGAACACCUGCGUACACACCAACUUACACUAAACAAUGAGCUCAUUUUUAAUAAAACCACACACUUUUGUAGAGGAGUUUAAUUUAUCACAUACAGCCAAGGACGCUGGGGUGCUCAUUAUCGUGCUAAUUUCAUUUUUCACGAGUUCAUUUUUAAUAAAACCAAUGUUAAAUCAUGUAUCGUCCGAAAGCCCCCGGAAAGGUGUCAAGAUAAAGAGCACAUGCGUAUGUGUUGAUUGACAGGCGCUCCCUACGAUUAGAUCCUAAUAUGGUAGGCCGGAAAUAUAACUGUAACGUGAAAUGUAACUGUAGCGAGUGAUAAGGGGGUGGACUAAUAAAAAUAAGUGAUGUCAUGUAAAACCUGAUUGGGAGAAGAUGAUGUCAGGUAAAGCAUGAUUGGUUUGAACUGUGAUGACGACUUGAGAACAGUGUAUAAAAGAUGGAGUCAGACAUGUAUUCGUUGGACAUCAUCAGAUGAACUCUGUGUGGCUCUCUUUGAUUGCUCGAGCAAAUAACGAUUGAAAACUCUUGAAACCUGGCUCUCUGGUCUUCGUGAAUUCUUUCUACAUUGGCUGAUCGACUUUUCGCCACGACACCGUCAUCGUCGUCGUGAGAUCAAAACAUUUAUUUCAAUGAGACUGAAUGGACAAAAUGUCAUUUUCAUCCUCGCUGAAAGGCAUGAAUAUGUUGCCAGUGUUACAAUGACUGGAGCGGCAUUUCUCAUUUUACUUUCCGCUUGUGUUUUGGCUCCAGGUUGCAUUGGAUGUGUGUGUUAUGUUUGUAAUUCAUUCAUUUAUGGUUUGUCUGCGUGGAUGAAUUAAACGAAAAC